GCUGUCUUUGCGAAGGCUUCGUUCUCACUACCUAACAUCCAUCAUGACUCUAUAUAAAUUAUAUUUUUAACAAAAGGCCAAUCGAUGAGCUAACUCAUUUUACAUGUAUGAUACGUCGAUCAAGUCGCUCAGCCGAGGUAUAGAAUCGAAAGAGAAGAAAAGGGGUAACUGAGUGGAACCAGUGUCAAUAUUUGUAAUGACCGUGCCGCAGAGGCGUCAAUUGCGAUAUUGUUCGACAUCGAUUCCAGGUUGAGCUUACAAAUAUAAGUGGAAAUAUUUGCAGGGUUCUUUGUGCUUAACCAUUUAAAUGAUCAGGGUAGCCCCAAAACAUGAAUUCCUACGACAAAAGCGUGAGUACGAAGAAGUCUACAAACACAGGAACCAUCGUGGCGUUAUGCCGGCUCGCCAUGUCUCUAUAUUCGAGUUGGACACAAUUCUUUCCUCCUCGCGAUGGCGCGCCACUAAAGGAAGUUAAUCUGCCAAGUCAAGUUGGAAAGGUGUUCAUCGUAACAGGCGGCUCAUCCGGUUUAGGAUAUGAAUUAUCACGCAUAUUAUACGGCGCGGGUGGCAAGGUGUAUAUACUGACGCGGACGAAGAAGAAUGCCGAAGAGGCCAUUGCUCGCAUACAAGCUCACUAUCCAGAAGAACAGGGGAAGGAAACAGGCAGCUUGGAGUUCAUACACAUGGAUCUAGAGGACUUCAACACUGUUAAAUCAGCUGCCCGAGAGUUUCUGAGUCGUGAGGGGCCAGACGGAAGAUUGGACGUCCUCUUCAACAAUGCAGGCACUGGCUCCUUAAAGGACGCCUCUCCGAGUCGCCAAGGGCAUGAAUACCAUUUCACCACGAACUCGCUUGGGGGCUAUGUCCUUGCCCGGCUACUUACGCCAAUCUUGACCAAGACAGCCCAGCAAUCCCCAAAGGACAGUGUACGCGUCAUAUGGCCUACAUCACUUCUCGUCGAAGCGAUAAGCCCGAAAGGUGGGGUACGAAAGGAAUUUAUCGAGGACGAAUUCAGUGUAAAAAAUUCAGACGAACUGUAUGCCUCAUCCAAGGCAGCGAAUUGGUUCCUCGCUUCCGAAUUCUCGCGUCGACAAUCCGAAUCCGGGCCCUUUGGAUCCGGCGUUGUCCAUAUAGCUGGCAAUCCAGGGAACUAUACGACAGGUAUAUGGCGCCAUGUCGAAGGUCGGCUCAUUCAUCAUUUCUUCAAGCUUGUACUCCGCGAUCCGGUUCACGGCGCAGAGACAUAUCUCUGGAUGGCUUUCUCGGAGGAGAUCACUUUGGAGGAAGCUAAGGCGGGCCGAUACGUGAUAUGUGACGGAAGAUGGCAUCCAGGGCAGAGGAAAGACUUGCUUCUAGCGUUGAAAGGGGAAGAUGAAGGCGGGUCGGGACGGGCGAAAGAGUAUUUCGAAUGGUGCGAGGUUAGGGCGAAGGAGUUCGUAGAUUUAGAAUGAUAUGCUACUGAUUUUGAGGCGUAUAUUGUAAUCCUUACCAACCAAAUUUGUGAAACAAUUAUGAGAUACGACAUAUACCUCGGUAAUUCUGGUUCCGCCCAGUCAGCAUUUCUAUUUUCUGUU